AUGAAUUUGUCUCUGGAUGCUAUUUUAACAAAUGCUCGUGAACUUGUUUCACGUUUACGUCGUGACGAUGCCACCGCUGAUACAACUGUAAAUCAAGCACAAUAUGUUCAAGAAAGAAUUCUUAGCAUGAAACAGUAUGGCGAUGACCUUGCUGAAUUGAAUGAUAUUAGUUCACAUCGGCCAAAAACAGAUAUUCUUUAUAGCAUUCAAAAAGAAAAUCGUCUGAUCAAACAAUUACAAAAAGAGAAUGAAGAACUUAAACAAUUAGUAACUGAACAUCGGAGUGUUUUAGAAAAAAUUAUGCAUAAAUAUCGGCAACACGUUCAACAACUUAAAUUAAUGGAAGAAAAAGAAAAAGUCGCUGUUCAAUUAUUCAACACUGGAUUAGCAACGGAAAUAGAAGACAAAGCAUCCAAAAUUCAUGAAAUGGCAUUAAUUAUGCAACGUGCAAUUGAUAUUGAUGAUACGAAUAAUGCCGCACAAGAAGAGCGAAUUAACGCACUCCUACUGGAAAAUCGUGGCUUGAAAGAAAUUCUUGCUGUUCAUGAAAAUAUGCAUAAACCAAAACAAGUAUCACCAAUAGUAACAAUACCAGAGUCUACUACUACUACUGCUGCUGUCGCUGAAUUAUCCAAUUCUCCUAUUCCUCCUGUCACUUGUGAAACAAAAACAACGGAUUCAACUUGUUCUGAACAAGAAGAAUCGUCUUAA